UUUCUCUCUCUAGAAAAAACUAUUCUCUCUCUCUCUCUAGAAAAAACUAUUCUCUCUCUCUCUCUCUCUCUACAACUUAUUCUCUCUCUAUAUAUUUUUUAUUUCUUUCUUCCCUAUCUGCUGAAUCAGUAAAAUUGCACAUACAGAGAAGAAAGAACAGAAGUUGUGUUCCGUUUUGCGUCUUCUCGCCUCUUCUCUGUAUUGGCUUUGAUCCUUAUAGGUCCUUGAUCAAUGUUCACGAAUUAGACUGAUCAGGUACGAUUUUUUCUUAGAUUUGCGUCUUUCUCACUGGUUUUUUCUUGGGUGAAUUUUCUGUUUCAUCGAUCGGAGGAACAAAAAUCAUAAUUACAGAAUCAGAAUCAGGGAAAGGAGGAGUCUUUCGAGUGUUGAAGCUUCGAUCAUGGCGGUUGUUGAAAAUGCUGCGAUGAACGUUGGCUCAUCCAAUCGGACUGACUCGCGUCCGUCCAACGACGUCGUCGAUCAAUCGAAGCCGAACCACGUGGGGACACAAGAGAGCAACGGUAGCCCUAUUUUGGGGUCAAAUGAUCAGAAUUUUCCGUUGAUCGUUCAUCAGCAACAACAACAGAAAAUUAUUCCACAGCCGACAACAACGACUGUUCAAACCAACGGCAGUAUCAGUCACAAGACUCAGAUGAGUCUAAUUCAGCAUAGCAUAAGCAGCAAUGGUGUCCAGAAUCACCAGAUGAUGGCGAACAGCGUCGAGUUGCUGAGAAAUGGAGACGAUGGCGGUGAGGGUUUUAAGCGCGAGAUGAGGGAUUUGGAGGAAAUGUUGUCUAAGUUGAACCCUCUGGCUGAAGAAUUUGUGCCGCCUUCACUCGCAAAUAAUGGGCAUGCACCGGCGUUUGGUUAUGCUAACGAUUUUGUAAUGCACACUAAUUCAGGCGUCGCAAAUGGAAAUACUGGCAGACGGAAGAAGAAUAGCUAUACUCAUGGGAAGAGAAGAAUGAAUACCCGGACCAGUAUGGCGCAGCGAGAAGAUGUGAUUAGGAGGACCGUUUAUGUAUCUGACAUUGAUCAUCAGGUUACUGAAGAGCAACUUGCAGCCCUUUUUAUUAGUUGUGGACAGGUUGUUGACUGUCGUGUUUGUGGGGAUCCUAAUUCUGUUCUUCGUUUUGCCUUUAUCGAGUUUACUGAUGAGGAAGGUGCCAGGAAUGCGUUGAGUCUGGCAGGGACUAUGCUUGGAUAUUAUCCAGUUAGAGUUUUGCCCUCAAAAACUGCUAUUGCACCUGUUAAUCCAACAUUUCUGCCACGGUCUGAAGAUGAACGGGAGAUGUGCGCAAGAACUAUUUAUUGCACAAACAUUGAUAAGAAGGUAAUUUGUUGGUAUUUGUACAGUACUUUGGAAUGUCCUUAUAGAGCUCUAAUUGGGAAAUCUGUUUAUGAUUUGUUAUUUUAUCUGAAUCAGGUCACUCAAGCCGAUGUCAAACUAUUUUUUGAGUCCAUUUGCGGAGAGGUUCACCGCUUGAGGUUGCUUGGGGACUAUCAUCAUUCCACUCGUAUUGCUUUUGUUGAAUUUGUAAUGGCUGAGAGUGCAAUUGCUGCUCUGAACUGUAGCGGUGCGGUCUUGGGAUCAUUGCCAAUAAGGGUAAGCCCAUCAAAGACGCCUGUACGGCCCCGCCCUCCCCGCCCAACGAUGCACUGAAACCAUCCUUGCAUUUCUUCUUAAACUGAUAUGCUGAUAAAUAUAUAUAUCUACUACAAAAACAUGCAUAGGAAGAGAUAAUUUUUAAGGUACUUGUGGCAUCUAUAUUUGUAGUUUUUGUUCAUUUGCAUCUGAGCCCAGUAUCCUUGGCCACCUAUUGGGGGGUUUUCUAUGGGUUGUUUGUUUUAUGGUGUAGAGUUGGAAUUUCGAGGCGUUAAGCUGGCUUAACUUAUGUUGGAUUCUGUGGGGACUGUCCCAAAUGACUAAUACUGUUCACAUGUUUCUAACUCAUGAAGAUUUUAAGAUUCAAUUUUACAAGUCAUGUUUUCUGUCAA